ACCGAUGAGAUGAUGAAUUUAGCUGCAAUAGUCCAAACCCUUAGACGCUCUUUGCUCCAUAUUGAGAGCAGACUUUUCCAGUCGGCUGGGCUUGACAGGCAAUUGGUUCCAGCCCUGGCUAUUACGGGUCCCAGCCUCCUGCCUCCCACUCACGAGCAGCCUCAGGGACUGCUUGACAGCAUCAUGUGGAUGGCGGCGCCGAAGAAGAGACGAACCAUAGAGGUCAACAGAACCAGGAGGAGAGCUGAAAGUAAACUGCUAAAACUUCAGACAAACAUUGAGCCAUGUCCAGAGUGUGGCCACCUGAAGCAGAAACACGUCUUGUGUGGCUUCUGUUAUGCAAAAGUGUGCAAGGAGACGAUUGAGAUUCGGACGAAGAUCAAGGAAAUGGAAGGAGGUCCUCUCAGGGCCCCAUCAGUGGAGACUGUUGUCUUCUAUGAUGGCGAGACACCAAAUGAACAAGACAAAGACAAGAGGAUUGUGGAGCUGCCCAGGAAAAGACCAUCUUGGUUCAGCCGAUGAUGCAGACUCAAAGAGUUUUGGUUCCUGUCGAAGAUCCAGCUUUGUUUUCGUAAAACAGUCAGUGAUGAUGUUGGGACAGUAAAAGUGAAGUUAUUACAGGUACAAGUACUCCAUCUAAAGUUCAGGAUCCUCCAUGUAUUUAAAUAUAUCUGGACAUUUGAAACGUGGUCAGUUAAAAAAAAAAUCUGUAAAACAUUGCUGUACUAUUAUAAUAAAAACAAGUGAUUUUAAUACUUGAGUAUUGCACAGUUGGCCUUAGGGCAGGGGUACUCAACUCUGUCCUCAAAGGGCAGGGGUGGUACAGGUUUUUGUUACAACCAGUCAAGCACUCAUAGUUCAACCUAUCAGGUGUCUGAAGACAAAUCUGUUGACUCUCAUUGUGGUGCUGAUUGUUUCAGCUAACCCUAAGCAUUAUUUGAUACUUUGUUCUUACAAGCCCAUGCUAUCUUAAGUUUAUCCACAGCUAUAGGGUAAAGUAGCUGUGAACAUGGUUGGUGCAAAAAUGUCUAUUGCAAAGAUGUGAUUUUUUUUUAAUGACAACCAAAAUGCAAUAUAGAGAGACAUGAUACAGCACACAUUUUGAAAUUAAGUCAACUUUUUAAAAAAUCCCUUUUUAAAAAGUACUGGUCAUACUAAUGAGUAGGAAACUAAUGAACAGGACAUCACAGAAUGAAAGCAUCCGACCCCUGCAAUAGUGCCCAUACCCUGUUUAUUAGCACAGCAACCUCUAGUAUAAAGUAUAAACCAAAUGUCAAAAAAAGAAAUUACAACUGACUUGCUCCAUCAAAGCUAUCGAAGAAGUAGGCCCCAUGUCGCCACUG